CAAUUAUGUGCUAAGACUCUAAAGUUAGAUGUUUUGCAUACAAUGAAAGCUAAAAUCCCAGUCAUUUUGUGCAAACUUGAGAAAAUAUUUCCUCCUGCUUUCUUUGAUGUAAUGUUACACCUAGUUGUUCAUUUGCCUGAUGAGGCAAUCCUUAGAGGCCCAGUACAAUAUGGAUGGAUGUACCCAGUAGAAAGACGAUUGUUGACAUUGAAACGGUUUGUGAGGAACAUGGCAAGACCUAAAGGAUCCAUUGCAGAAGCAUAUGUCGCUAAUGAGUGUUUGACAGCAUGCUCAAGCAUGGAGUUGAUCUACUUGGAGCACCAAGGCUUACAUAUCUUGAAGAUAAUUAUGACAGAAUGGUUUGGUUUGUGCUAAACAAUUGUCCGGAGGUUGAGCAAUAUUUGAAGAUAUACAAGGAAGAGUUAGCGGAUCAAGGAACUCCUUAUGUUCAAAAAUCCCAUGAUAAGCAAUUUUCUUUCUGGUUUAAGAAGCAUAUUGCAAAACUACGUUACGUGGAUGGAGAAGACAUUAGUGAUGACCUAUUUGCAUUGUCAUGUGAACCGGACCUUCGGGUUCGAAUAUUUUCAGCAUGUCUUGUCGAUGGGGUUCGAUAUCACACUAUCGACCGUGAAAUAAAUAGAAGAACACAAAAUAGUGGAGUCAUGUGUGAGGGUUGCCAUGGUGACGAAAAUAUCGAAUUUUAUGGUCGAUUGAAAGAAAUAAUUGAGUUGCGUUAUAACUCAGAUAUGUCCAAAUGUCGCACAGUGGUUCUAUUUCGUUGUGACUGGUUUGACACUUAUAGCAAGAAGGUUAGAAUGAAAGAUGAUGGAUAUUUUAGAAGCAUCAACCAUGGUAGUUGUUGGUACAAGGAUGAUCCUUUUAUUCUAUCAACACAAGCAACAAAAGUAUUUUACUUGGAUGACACUAAACACUGUGAAAGCUGGAGAAUUGUUCAAAAGUUUACACAUAGGCACUUAUGGAAUGUCACUGAAAAUGAAAACGAGGAAACACCCAUGGGCUUGGGACUAUCAUACCAAGAUGAAACAUGUGCAGGUUUUCAUGUACAAGUGAAUGAAGGCAAUUUGAAUGAUGAAGUACUGGAUAGUGAAGAUUGUCACCACGUCGAUACAAGUUUAGUUGACGAGUUUCGUAAACCAAGGCAAGACAAUGUGCAAGGAGACGGGACAAGCGAUGAUGAAGAUGAAACUAUAUGGCAAUAUGUUAGUGAUGAUGAAAGUCCAACAAUUCUUGUCGAGGAGGAUGAUGAUGAUAGCGAUGCCGAGUAAAG